CGCAUGAAUGCAUUCUAAUGUCAUCCUUCUACCGAAACCGAGAUCGGUCUAUGAGUAAAUACAGUAUUCAGUGUUGGACCUUCGCAAUCGAUGUUUAGUUGUAUUUUCAUGGAUUAUGAAACCGAAUAAAAGAUGAAGCAUUACAAAGAUCGGAGUUUCCAUGCAACAAGGCAGGGAAUUAGCAAUGAAUCAGUGUUGUGGAAUCAUAUCCAGCAGGUAUGCAGAAGAGAAGAAGAUAUCGGGAGGAGAUUGUCAUCCUCUGCACAAUUACAAGAAUUUGUUGCAAAACCAAGUUCAAAAGCACUGAUAUCUAGAAAUUUGGAUCAAGCUCUCAAUUCAUUGCUGGAUGUUUUCUUUGAAAGAAAUGUGGAUGAAUUACAGCGUCGUGUUACAAAUAUAUUGGCAAAUAUUGCAAUCACACUGUCAUAUGAUGCGUAUCCAUUCUUUCAGUGGUUGGUGAGGCAAUUUCAAGGAAUAGCGAAUGAUACAGUUCGAAAUUUUUUGCUCAAAAGCCUGACUGAACUUUUACGGAAGGAUCUUCAAUACAGAUACUAUGGAAAAAUGAUGGGUUUGGUUCUCAGUGAACUACAAGCUUUACUUGAAAGUGUUGAUAUUCCAGAGCAUUUACCAGUUUGCAUCGAUCCAUUAUUGUUGAUUUCUAAAAGUUAUCCCGAGGUGUUUUUCAAGCAUUUCCGAGAUAUUGUUGAUAUUCUUGUUGGUUGGCAUAUUGAUCACUCUCAAGAUAUCUCACUGAUUAUAUUUUGUGCAAACGCAUUACAAAGCCUUCAACCACAUUGGCAAAAUGACCUUGACUUUUCUCUGACCUUACUGAAUCAAUUUCUCGAAGAUAUGGAAGCAUAUGCGGAGGGAAUUGACAAACUCCAAGAAACAGUGGAAUUAGCAGAAAAUCCAGAAUCCCUAUUGAUGAAAACUGCUGCAUUGCUCCGGGCUUUCUCAACAGUAGUGCGUAGCAUAGGAAGUGCAUUUCAUGCUGAUGAAACCGGUGCAAUUAAUGAAUCUUUUGUUCUGGAGUUACUGCAGAGAAUUAUUGUGUGCGCUCAACUUGUCGGCGAUUUGUCAUUUACUGCCACAUGUGCAGCAAACGAAUGCAUGCAGUUAUUGAUCGCAGCGAUACAUUGGAAACGUGAAGAAAUGCUUUCCGAGUCUCUGUUGACUUACGUUGUGCAUGGAGUAGAAAGAUCAGAAUCAGAAUCUAGACUUGUGCUGGCAUUGAAACUUGUUAUUGUUAUGGUGCAAGAAAUUGGAUCUGCUUUACCAGCAUGGUUUGUUGUUGGUUUACUCGGACCAAGCUCAAGAUUAUUGCCAUUAAAAUAUGGGAGAAAUCCCGAAAUAACUUCCGAAUUAUUAUCCUUGUAUCAAGCUUGUUUGUCUGUUCGAAAUGUUUCACUUCUACAAACUGCAUACAGAAAUGUGAUUGGUGAACUACAAUACGCACUGAAUCAACUAUUAAAAAAGCUCGAUCCAGAAGCAGAGUCGAUUCAAAUAAUAAAAGAUGAUCCAUUCGGUGAAGUUAACGCUCAUUCAACUUUUAGUGGGAGUUCGAAAAAUUCAAAAUCACAAAGAAAUUGUGUUGAAUUUAUGUUGAAAACUGCAUUAUUUGAUGUCACUGCUCUGUCAGAAGUUGCCGAUGCGAAGAAUUCUAUUAUUGGGAUGUUUGCAUUAUCUCCGAGCAUCUUUGAUCUUCUGCAUACCGAGCUUGAAAUUGUGCAUGAUGAUUUGCUGUCUUCAAGAUAUCCACAGAUUCAAUAUAUCGUCAUUUGUACUCUGUAUUCUCAUUGCCAAAGACACAAACAUUUCCUGAGUACAUACUUAGGUGGAUCAGUGCCUCAGUCUCCCGUGCCAUCAAGUACUGGAGCAUCAACAGUCGCUAAUAUCACUCAUGGUCAUUAUCCUCAAAUAUUGACACUCAUCUCGAGGCUGUUAAUGAAAAAGGAAUCUCUCCGAUGUCAAGUAUUUGCUAAACAUGUUAUCUAUCCUGUUGAUAACUACUGUUCUGUCGUUACUGACCUUAUUGAUGACUUCAUUAUAACUGCAUCAAUCUCUCCCACGAGCCGGCUUAAGCAACCAAAUUCCAAAUUCAACAGCACAUGUCCGAACCUACUACUCCACUGGUCUGAAGAUUUGAUCAAUACAUUGCUAAAAUUCAAGGAAGCUUGGCACGUUGUGACAGAACAAAAUUUUCUCAAUUUGUUGAAAUCUCUCUCGAUUGCAGGUACUCAUAUGACUGAUAAAACGUCUACAAUAGUAAAGUGCUUUACAAAUGUAUUCACAAUGCUGGAGACAAGAGAGAUUUCUGACAUUGACGACAGUGAGGUUUAUGCUAUCGGACUUCCAUUCAUCAUGGCUCAUAUUUUCAGUAUGGAUUCAGAAAUGCAAACUUCUUGUUUUAUGCUCUUGGAAAAUAUUCCUGUCAGUCAGAUUGAACGAUACUGUGACACCACUUCCUGGCAUGGCAGUUUAUCUCAAUUCCUAAAAAUGUCUCAAGAAUCGAAAAAUGGCGGAAAUGUAGUCACUCAUCAAAAGAAAUUUCAUCGCCAUAACGGGAACAGAACAACACAGCCGCUGAAUAUCUUAGAUGCAAAACAUCACUGGCUGGCUAAACGUAGCCAUAUGUUGAAAAUACUAACGCAAGAAAACACUUUCUAUUCUCAUCAUUUUCAGUCUAUGAUGCAGAUUUUGCUCAACGGAUUUACGUUCACAGAUUUGUCUUCGACUUUGGAGAGAAUAUUUUGGAGUUGCCAACAUUCUGGUCUUGAACCAACCAGUUGCAAAGAAACAUCAAUUCAUAGAAGUUAUAGCUUCGUGUACUGGUGGGGAUUGUGGGAAUGCGCUCUGUUCACAGUUUCCAACAAGCUUAGAACGCCUUUUGGAAGACCACAGGACACGUUUCAGAAGAUUGAAGGUGCUUUACGAGACUAUGACCAGCAGCGUUCGUCUCCACAGCUCUUACUACCUUCAAGAAAGAGUUCAGUAACGUCUGCUGCAGAUCUUGAAAAAAUUUCUUUUCAAAGUGAAAUUCAAUGCGUUAUGCAACGUCCUCAUCUACUACUCCAGUUUUUGUUUUCACUUGAAAAACUGAUGUUCAAUGCGUAUUGUGGAUGCGUUUCUAUUGCCGCACCAAAUAAGGCUGUUCGUACAUUCUUUUCAACUAAUCGUUCAACUUGUGAGCAGUGGCUAAAUCGACUUAGACUAGCUGCAAUGAAGGUUUCUCUCAAUUGUGGACUUUAUUGUGAAGCCAUUAAUCAUGGUCAGAAAAUUUUGCAAGAUAUGAAAAUCAACAAUAAUACUCAGGGAUCUGAGUUUGAGCAAGCAAUUUUUAUGUCUGUGGAAGCAUUAAUGGAAUUGAGAUCGCCACAAAUAAUAGCGGGAUUAUAUAAAUGGUGCCGGGAAAUUUCGAAAUCUCAAUCACCAAAUUUGUCUACAACAGCUAUUAAACAAGUUUGGUCAUGGAUGAAACCAGCUAAAAAUCAAGCUAGUUCAAGAUACGAAGACGCUGCUCGGGAAUAUCAAUCUAUUUUCAACAAUUUAAAUCAAAAAGAUGAAGAAUCUUCUGUAUCUCAUUCUGGUGCAAAACGACUCUUUGUUGUAAAGCAGAUUUCGAGUUGUUAUUGUGCUCUUGGUAACUGGAGUUUGGCAUCAAAAUGGAUCAAAAAAUAUGACGAAUUCGCAACAGAUUCAGACAAAGAAAUUCCAUAUUUGGAAUAUGUGGAAGCACUGUCAUCAUUCGAAGAUGGUAACCUAAAACAAGCCGAAGAAAAUCGCAAUAAAUUUCUAUCUGGAAUCGCGAAUUUGGAUAAACAUACAACUGGUGGAACCACGUCCAAGGAUGGACUGCAUACAUGGAGAUCAUCAAUUUUGACAAUGUCCAGUGACAUGCACAUCAUGAAAUUCUUGAUUACAAGAGAUGAUGACACGAGGUCUGAUGUCAUAAACAAAGUGAAACUUGUUUCCGAAGCAGCGAUUAAAUUGUCGUCGAACCAUUGGCCGAUCAAUAUCGAUACUAAUUUUCUAUCAUUGUUUGCAAUUUCAAACUGGAUCGAGUCUGGCAAAUUUUCGCCACCGCCUUCUCAGAUUUUCAAAAAUUCAAAAUGGUUUCCCGGAGGCAGAAGAUUACUUGAAUUCAUGAGAAGCGAUUACAUAGAAGAAAAGAAUGUAUUGAAUGACGAGGUCUUCUUCGGUUACGCGCUUUCAGCGUGCAAGAUGCAUCGAAAACUUGGAAAUUUUGACACAUGUACGAAGUUAUUUGAGCAUAUUAUAAACAAAACAAAGACUGGAACAGAAAAUGGAAAUGUAGAAUUCAAAGAUUUAAAUACUGUUGUCGAGAUGUGUAAAAAUUUGAAAAGCAGUUCUACAACAACUUCGCAUAUUUGGGACAUUCAAUUUGAAUUGUCGAAAGAACUUAUCGCAGUUGGAAAUAAGAUUCCCGGCAUUUGUUUAAUGGCUGAUACACUUUUGGAAUGCUUGCAUGAUGCUCAAAGUGGAGUGAAAUGCGCUCGCAUUCUUUUAUCUUUCGUUAAAUCUUUGCAAUCUGAGUGGAAAUCUGUCAGUCCUACUUUACAACAGUUCAUCAGUUCAUCUGACACUGAAUCAACGAAUGAACUCAUCAGCAAAUUCCAAUUACUGGUAAAUCAUGAAAAACUUAAUCCAUGGUUCAAAAGUUUAUCAUCAAAUGAACAACUAAUAUCUGAAGCAAAUGCUGAAAUACUUCUUGGAACUUUGGUGAACGCCGCAACAAUUCAGAAUCCUGAUCUCGCCAAAGCAUGGUUUCAUUCAGCGGGAUGGUGUUAUAAAUGGGGAAGAAAAAUUGUUGAUACUGCCAGUAAUUCUGGCAAUGUGGAACUGACAGAGGAAGAAAAACAGCAAGUAAAACAGAUAUUAGAAGCUCAUGAUUGUGACGAAGAAAAAUUGAAACAAAUUUAUGAAAUUCUAGGACAAGCUCAUUGGACUAUCGCUAAUCAACAGGAUGAUGACAUAUUAGCGCAACAAGAAGAUGCCAGAAAUGACAAUUCGGAAAUUGUUAAAAAACAAUUACAAACGUGUUGCAAUAAUUGGUUACAGCAAGUACCGGAACAAGCAAUUGAUUUGCUAUUAAAUGUUUGGCAGAAAGUAUGCGCCAGGCCAUUCACAUUAUACCAUGUUGCUGCCGAUGGAUAUUUCAAAUUUCUACGAUUAAAUUUGACACAACAGGCAAAAAUAUUGCAUGAAGACAGUACAGUGACAACAACAUUACGAUUGCUUCGUCUUCUUGCUAAACAUGCGUUAGAAUUGCAGGCCACAUUAGAAAAUGGAUUGAAAGAAACACCAACAACUCCAUGGAAUGGAAUCAUUCCGCAAUUGUUCUCGCGUUUAAAUCAUCCUGAAGUAUACGUACGACAGAGCAUAUCGGAUCUUCUAUGUAGAAUUGCGAAGAAUGCAGCUCAUCUGGUUGUUUAUCCUGUUGUCGUAGCAACUACACACGCAGAUAACAAAUCUCGUAACCUACUACGAUCUACUCAGUUAGAUGAAGAUGGGAAUCAACUGGAUGGAGAAGAAGAUGGAAGCGGUAUUCAAUUCGAUUCUGGUCUCAAAUCAGAUAUUGCCAGCCAACCGAGUGCAAUUGAGAUUCACGCUGAAGGUUAUGUGAAUGCUUGCUAUCAGAAUGUGUUAGAAGCUUUGAAAUCACAAAACGAAGGAAUGGUUCGAGACGUCAGAUUAUUAGUUUGGGAAUUGUGCAGAAUCACUUUAUUAUGGGAUGAAUUAUGGCUCGGUACAUUGAAUCAACAUCAUCAAGAUAUCAUGAGGCGAUUGCAUCAACUUCAUGAUGAAGCAAAGAGAGUUAACUCAAAUCAUUCUCUAUCGAAGGAUGAAAAGAACGCAAUUCUAAAAGAACAACAGCAAGCAGUGAUGCGGCCUAUCGUUUAUGCAUUACGUCGAGUGCAAAGAAUCACGAACGCUGCUCCGGAAACUCCACACGAACAAUGGUUUGCGGAAAACAUGCAGCCAAUCAUUGACCAAGCAAUGACGAGAUUGACUGAUCCUCCGAAUCCACAGAAUCCAAAUUCUUGUUGGUCAGGAUUUAAACAGCUUCACUUCCAAUUGAGCACUAGAGCAAGCAAACGAACAUCACAAAUUCUUAAUCUUGGUCAAAUUAGUCCGAAGUUGAUGGGCCUUAAUGCAACAAGUAUGCCCAUUCCAGGUGUCUCCAUUGGCGGAAACCAAGUAACGAUUCAAGGAUGUAGUAGUGUUGUUUCAAUUCUGCCGACAAAAACUAAACCGAAAAAACUGCAAUUUAUUGGAUCAAACUGUCAAAGAUUCACAUUUUUAUUCAAGGGUUUGGAGGAUCUUCAUCUUGAUGAACGUAUCAUGCAAUUCUUGUUUAUUGCUAAUCAAUUGUUGAGAAGACAACAUAAAUCCUCUGGAUAUGCAGCAAGACAUUACUCCGUUACCCCUCUCGGUUCCAGAUCAGGUCUUAUUCAAUGGGUUGAUGGAGCAACUCCGCUAUUCACUUUGUACAAGAAAUGGCAACAACGACAAGCCUUACAAGCAGCUGCUCAAUCAGAAUCAGGAAUAGCGAAACCAAUAUUACGACCAAGUGUUGUUUAUUAUAAUAAACUAAAUCCUGCACUGAAAAAAGGUGGCGUCGACAUCGACAAAGUUAGAAGAAAGGAUUGGCCGAACAACAUUAUGAGAGAUGUUCUCAAUGAAUUGAUAUCAGACACUCCACCUGAUCUUUUGCAAAGAGAACUUUGGUGUACAUCAACUAGUGCAACUAAACUAUGGGACGUUCAACAGAAAUAUUCUUGCUCAACAGCGGUCAUGUCGAUGAUUGGAUAUGUAAUAGGUCUGGGUGAUAGACAUUUGGACAACGUUCUAAUUGAUCUUGAGAGUGGUGAAGUCGUCCAUAUUGAUUAUAAUGUGUGCUUUGAUAAAGGUACUCAACUUCGAGUGCCUGAAAAGGUGCCAUUUAGACUCACUCAAAAUGUCAAAUGUGCACUCGGACUUACUUCAGUUGAGGGAGUGUUUAGAUAUGUUUGUGAGCAGGUGAUUUCAACAUUACGCAAAGGAAGAGAAACAUUGUUAACAUUGCUCGAAGCAUUUGUGUAUGAUCCACUUGUAGAUUGGACAGGAACUAUUGAAGGAGGUUACGCUGGAGCUGUUUAUGGAGGAGGUGGACAGGGUGACGCUAUGCCGAUGACCAAAUUAACAAGACAUGAUAUGGAACGGGAAAUAUCGAAAAGUUUGUUUUCAUCUCGGAUUGCUGAGAUGAAGCAGGGUUGGCUUGAAAAUCGAGAUGAGAUGGAAAAAGCUCUUUCAAACAGUGUUGAUGAAUUACAAAGAUAUAAGAAACAUUUUGCGGCUCAUGGUGACAUAAAUGAAAAAAUUAAAAAUCUACUAGAAAUGAAAGUACAAGUCAAAACAGCGUCGACAAAUGCACAACAUCCACUGCGUAGUCUCAAACAAAGAUGGUCACAACAUGAAAUACAACAAUCGAAAAAGGAAUCAGCUUUGAAGACUUUACACGAAAAAAUGACAAUAUGUGACUCCAAUAUUCAAAAAUACAAAUCAUUCAUUGCUAUGCUUCAAACUCCCGAAUUGGCUGGCUUACUAGCGGAGGUAACAUGUCCGUUACAACUAGGAGAACCCAUCUACCAAUCAGCCACUUCUUUCUUAAACGGAGCAGGACAGGCUGCAAUGGUCAACCAAGCACAAGCGACUGAAAAAGACUUGGUAUCUUUGAGUGAACAAUGUAGAUUGGCUCAGAGUUCAUGCAUAGAAAUGCUGACAACAUUCGCAGCGAUCGUCGCACAAUUUCCUCCUACUGCAGUAAUCACCAAUCACAGUGAUUCAAUAUGGGGAUCUCAUCUUUCACAACUUGCUUCCAACUUCUCAGAAGAAGAAUGUAACUCGGUACAAAAUAUCGUCAAGAAACAAUUGUCGAGAGAAUCAAAAUUAUCCCAGGCUCGCUUGGCUUCUGCUAAAGACACCAUGCUUCAACAAGAAGUCGCAGAUUUAAACAAAUUAUUGAUGAAAUUGUUGGAGCGACGAAACAGUCAACUUACAACACCGGCACAAGAGUGGGCCAAUCUUGAGAAUGCUGUCGCUGUGACAAGAGACUGUAUCAUUAGUUUUGUACAGGAGAACGGGAUCCUUGGAAUGCACACAAUAUUAAGCAUCCUCACUCUCGCAUUGAUUGCAUUAGCUCAAAGAGGUAUUACUAUGGAAACGACAGCCGCUAGUGCUGGUCACAGACUAGUUGACAUGACAUCACAAGAUGGAGAUUGGUUUCUGGAAGAACUUUGUAGUUUAUUUGGAAACGUAGUUCAACUACUCCAUGUUGGCGACCAAAUAUUGACAAUGACAGAGGUUGGACAUUCCGUUAAUAUUGAAGCCGUUCAAGCACUACUUACAGUGGAUUCGUGUUUCAGAUCUUUAAUGGACUUGUACAACAAUUUUCGAAACAUUAUAUUACCGGAAGCUGUUAAGUUGUUACAAUGUGAAGAACCGUCUGUCAUAGAGAUGGUGAAUGAAUUCAAUCUGAUUUUACAAAGAGAAAAACUUGAUGAUUUGGCAAAGCAGUUAACAGCAGGGUUACGUUCAUCAGAAACUAAUUCAUCUUCUUCACAAUCAUGUUCCGAAGCUCUAGCUGUCGUAGAAAAAAUGCAGACACAAUAUUCGUUACUAUUACACGAUGCAAGACAGGAGGAAAGACGACUCCUGGCAGGACAAAUGUUGCUUCAAGGCUUUGACGGACUUUUCCGAACAGCCCAUGCACGUUUCAUGGAUCUUAUUAUCGUCCACAAUAAUUUGAUGGACAACAUGCAAUUUCCGGAAUGGAUCAAAUAUGUCGACGUAUUACAGAACCCAGAUGUUCUACAGAAAAUCAAAAAUAUGCCAAGUGGGUACAAACAGCGGGAGGCAAUUUAUAACCCAAUAUUCGAAAUUGUAGAAAUAAAAUAUAGAUACUAUGUAAAGAAGACAAUGUUGCAAGCCUUGCUGUUUGUUAAACAAAUGCAGUCAAUGCAUGAUUUUUUUGUUUUAUGUCAAUCUAAUGCAAGAUCGUUUGUCAUUGAAAGAAAUACAGGCGCAAGUGGAUCUCAUUACACAUCAUCGAAGACCUUAUAUUCAGAAGAAAGAUUGAUGAAACCCGUCAAACACUUCAUCGCACAUUUUGUUCAAGAUUUAAUGAUUGGAAUACCUACACAGAUUUUGGGUCUUGUAUUAUGUAGUUACGUCACAACAUUAGGAGUUGAUAUCGACGCUCAAAUCAAUUCGACUAUGAGAGGAAAUCAGAUUGUUAUUGAAAACGUCUGUAAGAGUUUGAUAGACGAAAAGUACACACAGACUGUAUUGAAUAAGCAGAAAAUGUUGAUUUAUCAAUUCAAUAAAAGCUGGAAAGAUCUGGACAAAGCACAAAGACUGGAAGCAAAUAUCACUGCCGUACGAGCCAGCUUGCAAAGAAGUAAACUACAGCACACUAGAUUUCAAUGGCUCCACGAAGAUAUUUUGAUGGAAAGUUCAUCGGUUAAAUUCAAUCUUCCACAAAGAUUAGACGUCUUACUGGAUUUAAAUAAACGAAUGAAUGCAAUGCAACAAUUGGAAAGACUUCUCCAACAAAUUCAAGAAACAGCAACGUCGCAAAAUAAAUCAAUCUUGCAAAGACUAAAAUGGGCAGCAGGAGCCAACCCUUCCUUGCAAGGAGUUCUACAGGAAGUUGAAAAAAGUAUGCAGAACAGAAAUGCUAUCAUGAAAGCUGAAACAACACUGAGUCAAAAAGUUGCAGAGUUUUGUCAAACAGCAGUUGAAUUUGAGGAAAGUCGAAUUCAAGUAAAAGAAUCGAAAACAGAUAAUUCUUUCGCAAGACAAUGUAUGGAUGCCUUGAAAUUAUGUCUCGAUACAAGUAAAGAAAUGACAAACAGAAAAGUGAAAAUUUCUAAUCUGGAGGCUACAUUGGUCAAAGUGGUAACGGAAAAUGAAAAGUCGAACAUCCUGAGUGAUGAUUGGAUUAUAAAAGCCGUCGAUAUUUUACAACUACGAGCUGUUCAUUUACGCCAAGUUCGACAACAGGAAGAAGGCAAAAUGCAAUCGGUGAAAAACAAAGUCACAAAUAUCGCUAAUUCCAUCAAACAAUUACUUGCGACACAAAGCAGAUUGCUGUCUGAUGUUAAAUCGCUACUAAAAAGCUUAGCAAAGGAUGAAAAAUCUGAGGAUCCGUCUUCAUCUGGAAGUGUUGCCAAUGUUCGACAAUUUCUCGACGAUUAUAAAACAUUUUGCGGAAAAUUAACCGACGUUUUAAAUUCAUUAUUACAAAGUUGUGAAUCUGGUACAAUGCCAGAUCCUGAUCCAUUAAUUCAAAGAUUAACAGAAACGUCACAAUCAGUUUCUUGGAUUUAUUUCCGAUUGUUGAGUCUUGGAGCACCGGCAUCAGAAGAUAAAGAUAUGAGUUUCAUGUCCUCUCCUUUCAAUAAAAAUGGAAACAAACCUUCGAAACUUAAACUUGAUUAUGAACAAACUGAUGAAAAGCAAUCAAGUGAAUCCAUUCUGAAAAUUGAAACAACAACGGCAAGCUCAAAAACUGCUGUAAAAAAGAAGCAAGAUCCACGAACGGGAAAAGUUAUUCAGGAAAGAAAUUGUUUUGCUGUCAGUGUAUGGAGACAAGUCAAAGCUAAAUUAGAUGGACGAGAUGUUGAUUUCAGUAGAAGAAUGCAAAUAUCUGAACAAGUUGACUAUGUGAUAAACGAAGCUACGUCGGUUGAUAAUCUGGCGUUGAUGUACGAGGGUUGGACCGCGUGGGUGUGAAGAGACAAUAAAGACUGGUCAAUAUUGUAAAGACCGGAUGCCGGAAGUUCACUCGUCAGAAAAAAAUUUUCCAUCUUGGAGAUGGUGUUAGGGAUGUCUGAAUAUACCAAAUUAUUCUUCAUAACUUUUUUCGAUUGUUGAAAUUGAAAUAUCCCAGAUUUAUUUGGGGAAAUCUGAGGCAUUGUGGCUUGAAUUUCACAGUCAAGCCUGAUCAUAAAAUCUGCAGCACUGAUAAUUUUAAAAAUUUAUUUUGCCAUCUUCCCUUUCAAGUAA